AUGCUCUUGAGCUACUGCUACAUAUUCCCUCACUCGUCUUCGUCCUCCUUAGAAGCCAAGCCUCAAUCUUCCCGUGGUCGUGACGGUCAUACAUCGUAUCCACAAGCUUGUUCUCGUCCGGCUGGAUCAUCGCUUAACGCUCAGACCAACGCAGAGUUAGAGAACUCCGUCUUGGACACGCUUGCGCACUACACAACGACCAUUGCGUCUAAGAUCCAAGCCUCCAUUCCCUCCGCAGUAACAGCCUCGGUUUCGUCAUCCUUCAGCACGGACUCCUCCGACAGUAUAAAAACGCCAGGUUCGUCAUUGCAGCCGACAGAUAACAACCGGUCCUUCUCUGGCCUAAAGUCGUGGUUCGCCUCUCCAUCCCCGGACGCUCCCCAGAGGUCUCAAGUUCAGCAUCAAGCCCCUGCCAGAUCCUUCCGGUCUGGACCGCACUUUCAACACGCUGAAGAAGCCUCAAGCUUUUCUACCACUGGUCGUACCACUUUUACCUUUGUCCUCUUUGGAGCAGCAUCGAGUGCCGCUGUCUAUCUUCUCGUCAAAAAUCGACGAACCAUGAACCGACUUCAAGCUGCCAAGGGUAUGGCAUAUCGUGACGCCCAUGCUUGGCGCCGCGUGGCCCUCAACUUUGCUCGUAUCAACGCUCUGGCUGCCAGCCCAGUCCAGAACCUCGUUGCCGCCUCUUUACGAGAUGGUCAGGCUGGAGGCGAGAUCGGUCGUCAGAUAGAACGCGAGCUCGAAGAAGCAACUCGUGCUGUUGCUCAGAGACGCAACUGGAUUCGAGAGCAGGAUGCCAAAGAAGCUCAAGCUGGCUCGUCCUCUACCUCUGAGCGAGGGCUUGGAACUGCGUGGGGUGAUGUCUUCGAUCUAGACCGUACGGGCUUCUUCUUCGGCUCUCGUGCUGGUCGUCGAGGCUCCGAACUAGGCGAGUACGGCCGCUGGGGACCCAAGCAUGUGUCCCGUCACGACGAUGUCCCUUCUGCCUCGAGCGACGGUGCUGCCUUCAAAACUUCCAAGGCUUGGACUCGCUCCACACCUUCGACUUCUGAGGAGUUCGCCAGCUCGUCAACUCCAGCCAAGCGCAAUAGCGCGCAGCUCAAGUGGCAGCACGUAGCCGGUCACUCGGCAGCAGCUUCUCCAGUCACGACUUCAAAGGCGAAGACCUCCGUCACAGACUCAGACGCCCGCGAAGAAUGGAUCGGAGAUGUUGAAAGUGAUAUUCGCGAACGUGACCUCAAGGCGACCCAAUCAAGCGGUGUUCCUGAUAAGGCUGCUGUCGACGCCUUCUCCCGUUACGAGUCUGAGGACUAUGUCGAGGCAAUCACUGGCUUCCCAGCACGCGAACAUGAGCCGGCUCGCAGUGUGGCUGCUGAUGAGGAAGGCGAUCAUUUGCUUCCUGUGUCAGAUCUAUCUAUCGCUACAAACGGAAGCAUGCAUGACGACGUCGAACAGUCGUCAAAGCCAGUGAAGGCAUCUUCGAAGAUGCCAAAGGCAAAGCUGGGUCCUGCACGGGUCAAGACAGCCGUAACUAGCUCAACAAAGCACGAGUACCCGAUCUCGGACCAGUUCCGGGAUCUGGAAGACAUCUUCAUGGCCGCCUGGGAUGACAGCUACGCGGGGCUCUCGCGUGCCAUUGCCGCCGAGCUCGCAUCUGAUCUUGAGACGGUCAAGCCAAAGGAGACAGGCCAAGCUAAGCCAAACAGUGCACUGUUCGACAAGCUGCGCUCGCAGAGAAGCAAAGCCGUCGCCAAGCCCGAGUCUAGCUCAGCCGACUCCACCGAGUUCAUGGCCGAGUGGAUGUUCCAGGGCACAGCUGCAAACGGGACGGCAACAUCGGCUGCCAAGCCUGUGUUUGCAGCUAGCAGACCAAUGCCUUCGGACUCAAAGGUGCAGGAGCUAAUUGCUCGACUUGAUAGCAAAGAAGCCGAGUUGACCCGUCAUAAGUACACGAUCAACGAGCUCUCGGACCGUCUCGACAAGAUGCGUGAGAUGUGUCAUGACUUGACUGAUGAAGCUCAGAGGCGCGACAAGACGCACAGGAUCCACAUCGAGCAGCUCGAGCAAAAGGUGGGACUCUUCACUGUCUGGGCUGAGGAGGUUCAGAGGAGAUUGGGUUUGGAGACGCCUUCUUUCUUUGCUUCGCUGCGCAAGCCUCUGAAGCGAGAUUGA